AAUUGAAUUAUGUUGUCGAUGUUCUCUGUGAGCACCAAAAAUAAAACGAUUUUUUAUCAUUGUUGUGGGCUUGGAAAGUUCCAUAAAAAGCCGAAACUGGCCUGACAGGAGGGUACGUAGAAAGACUGGAUAGGAGAUUAGUCCCUUGCUCAACACCUUCACACAAUGGGUCUUACAAAAAUCAACUGAUUGGGUGACCUUGCAUAGGUGCUGGCCCAACGAAACGGCACCGUUUGGCUUCUUCCCUUGUAUUCUUGUUUAAUCCAUGUUUGGUACUCCUUAAAUGGGCAAGAUGGUUCAUGAUUUACUGAGUUUUUUGGGACCAUUUAAGAUCCUUUAAAAUGAUUCGAUCUGCUCAUUAUUCUUCAGCUAUUUUUACGAGUUCUUGAAAAAUUUUUUUAGCUCAAUUUGAUAUUGGUUAGGGUUUUUUUUAGAAUUCAUAAAGCAGAACAAUUAAUUUCAGAUUAAUGAUUUAUUGAAUUUUUGUGGGGCCGAUUUCGGAUCCCACAAAGAUAAUUCAAAUCGUUAAUUAUUCGUAUGCUGAUUUAUUAAAUUUGUAGGGUGCCCUACAAAUUCUUAAAAAGCCCUUACUAAUAUCGGAUUGUUGAGCUAUUUUUUUUUUUGCUAGAACCCAUAAAACCACGGGAUUUUUAACCUUUAAGUCUAUAAAAUAAAAAGUAAUUUCCAUCAGAUCUUUCCUAACUAAUGGAACACUGAAAUCUUAUGAAAGUGCCAGCCAAGAUUAACACUCUCGAGGCUUCUAUAAAUAGCUCCCAUCUCCCACCCAAGAUCACUCACAUCCCAAUUUGGCCACCCUCCCCUAUCUUCUCAAAUCACACAAAUGGCUUCUACUCUGUUCAGUGCCCAUUUCGUUCUAAAACUUCUCUUUGUCUUCUCUCUCAUCCACACCUCCUUUGGGGCAAGAAAACUAACUGCCUUGUUCGUCCAACCCCUGUCUACGCAACUCACGUACCACAAUGGCCCUCUUCUCUCCGGCGAUAUCACUGUCAACCUCAUUUGGUACGGAAUCUUUGAUCCUUCCCAGCGCUCGAUAAUCUCCGAUUUCAUCCUCUCCCUCUCUUCUUCUCCUUCCCAGCCUCAAAGCCAACCGUCGGUUGCCAAGUGGUUCGCAAACACCAAUCAAUACUACCCCUUCGUUCAGGGACGAAACCCCACCUCUGUGUCGGUAUCUCUGGGUAAUCAGACGCUCGACGAGAGCUGCUCGCUCGGUAAAUCGCUCACGCAGAACAAUAUCACGCAACUGGCAUCAACGGCAUAUCAGACCAAUGCCAUUGUCAUUGUUCUGACUUCUGCUGAUGUGCUGGUCGAAAAAUUCUGUAUGAUCUGUGGGACCCACGGGUCUUCCGAUAACAAGCUUGUCUACAUCUGGGUUGGUAACUCGGAGACUCAGUGCCCGGGUCAUUGCGCUUGGCCGUUCCAUCAGCCCCUUUAUGGCCCACAGAGUCCACCUCUGAUUGCACCCAAUGCUGAUGUGGGUAUGGACGGAGUGGUGAUCAAUGUGGCUAGCUUGCUCGUUGGGGCCAUCACAGACCCAUUUGGAAAUGGAAUCUACCAGGGUCUAGCCGUUGCGCCACUUGAGGCCUGCGCGGCUUGUGCUGGGAUUUACGCCAAGGGAGCCUAUGCCGGAUUUCCCGGGAAGCUCUUGGUGGACCCCACAACGGGUGCUAGCUAUAACGCGGUAGGGGUUAACGGGAGGGAGUAUUGUCUUCCGGCUUGUUUCGAUCCCUUGACGUCGUCUUGUUCUACUUUGGUUUGAGAGCUAGCUGAGGGUAUAGAACCAGAUGCUAGGAGUAACGCCUAUCAUAUACAUAUGUAGAGAAACAUUGUACUAAUAUGGUUCAUUCGUUAGUUCUUUAUGGUUUCGAGGUUAAAUAAUACUCAAGCAAAUUGAUUUGGUUUGCUUUUCCUAUGAGAUUAAAUGUAU